GAGAUGAGUGUAUGUGAAAUUUAAGGUUCUGUCACAGAAUAUUGUUUACUAUUUUGUAGUUCUGUUUUGUUUUUAAAUUGUGGGCUAUUAACAAGUUUGGAAUGCUUUUUUACAAUCCUUUUUUUGGGAUUUGAAUUGAUGACAGUCCUUACACAAAUGUGUUUUGUUAUUCGUUAAAAAGUCUCUAAUUUCACUACGAACAUCAGUCUGGUGCAGUGCGUGUAAGAUAUUCAUAAGGUGACUUGUCAAAGGUAUAUUACCAGUUUUCAGAAGUGACAAUCUGAAAUGGCAUCGAGGAACAAAUUGGGCACAAAACAUGACGACCACAGUGUUGAAACUUUGGCCGAAGUGUUUCGAUGUUUCAUUUGCAUGGAAAAGCUACGUGAUGCUCACUUAUGUCCACAUUGCUCCAAGCUGUGUUGCUAUGUUUGCAUUCGCAGGUGGCUCACCGAACAACGUUCUCAAUGUCCCCAUUGCCGCGCUUCUCUACACUUACAUGAACUUGUGAAUUGUCGAUGGGUAGAAGAGGUCACCCAACAGCUAGAUACUCUGCAAGCAGUCACUUUAAAUGGUAAUAGAGUCGAUGAAAAUGAUAGGGAUAAGUGCUCGACUCAUUUGGAAAAGCUGUCAGUGUAUUGUUGGACUUGCAGAUGUUGCAUUUGUCAUCAGUGUGCUUUGUGGGGUGGCACACACUCCGGCCACACAUUUAAACAAUUGAAUGAAGUGUAUGAGCAACAUGUUACACAGAUAAAGGAUGAAGUGGCUCAGCUUCGAAGACGUCUUAUGGAGCUCAUCAGUAUUGUGCAAGAAGUAGAAAGAAAUGUAGAGUCAGUAAGAUCAGCUAAAGAUGAUAGAGUACGAGAAAUACGUAACGCAGUAGAACUUAUGAUAGCUCGGUUAGAUUCUCAGCUCAAAACCAAAUUGCUCACCCUAAUGGGUCAAAAAGAUUCACUCACACAAGAAACUGAACAAUUGGAGCACUUAUUGCUUGAAAUCGAACAUAAGUUGCAUACUUGUACUAGAUCAGAAUUGAUCUCUAAAAGUAGUGAAUUAUCAAGGAUGAUACACGCUAUAAGGAAAAAACCAAUGACUAGCUUUGUCACAGCACCGGUACCAGCAGAUUUUCAUAGUGAAAUAGUACCUUCGUAUGAUAGUAACACUUUUGUUAUGCAUUCUUUUUCACAAUUACAACGUAAAGCAGAUCCCGUAUAUUCUACCCCGCUCCAUUGCAAUGGGUUAUGUUGGAGAUUGAAAGUUUAUCCAGAUGGUAAUGGAGUCGUAAGAGGUAACUAUCUCUCAGUUUUUUUGGAGCUCAGUGCUGGAUAUCCUGAAACUUCCAAAUAUGAAUACCGGGUUGCUAUGAUACAUCAAGCUGGCAGAGAUUCUUCAAAGAAUAUUGUCAGAGAAUUCGCUUCUGAUUUUGAAGUAGGUGAAUGUUGGGGUUAUAAUAGAUUCUUCCGUCUUGAUCUCUUGGCCAGUGAAGGUUACCUAAAUGAAACUUUGGAUACAUUGGUUCUGAGAUUCCAAGUUAGAGCGCCUACAUUUUACCAGAGAUGUCGUGAUCAACAGUGGUAUAUAAACCAGCUUCAAACUGUUCAGCAUCAAUACAUUUCCCAGAUAAACGAGUCAAAGGAACGACUAGCAGCUGAAAUAUCGAGGAACGCUGUCGCUGCCACACUGAGGUCUUCAAAAAGACAAAAUGAAGUGACCAAUAUGUCACUUGUUAAAAAUAUGUUCAAUUUACCUACUGUACUCAAUGAUAUUGAAAACAUUCCCCUUGCAGAAAGGUCUUUUUCAAGUGAACUUGGUAAUUUCACCAGAAGUUUAACAUCAUCUAUGACCAAUAAUCAGCCAAAGUCGGAAGAUUGUCCUUGUUCCUCUAAAGGAAAAGGGGAUAAUUUUGCAAAGAAAUCCAAUAAUAGUCCUCCCCAUCAAAUGCUUGGGUUAGGGGUUUCUUUGAGUUCACCAAACCUCCUGAAUUCCACUGUUUCAUCAUCAAUGCUAUCAACUAGUAGCAGCGAGAGUGACCUAAGUGAGACUGAACCUCUGGUGGAAGAAUUUAAACCAAGACCAAUGUGUUUGCCAGGUUUAUCUUGUGAGGCUUCCAAUGAUGAAAAUGAUGUAGACCUUGAAACAAUGUCAGGUGAAAACGAUGUAGAGUAUGCUGAAUUUUCCAUGGCUCAACGAAUGGUGGCACGAGACCCCAGUUCUACCAGUAGUAGUAUUGUAGGAGCUACAGCAUUAUCUCCAACAGAUCUCAUGGAUAGCUUCGAACAGAAAUUGAGGCUUCUCCAGUUUGAUCAAAUUUUUUUGAAUAAACAAGAAACCGUUGCCAAUAAUACAGCCUCUUCUAGUUCCACUGCUUUGUUGGACCUAACACCUCCUAACACAAAUUUGGGUUUACUUGGUUCAGCAUUAUCUAUUAAGAGUGAUGGCCCUGGUACUCCAGAAAAUAAGAAAAAACUCAAACAAAGAUUCAAAUCAAAUGAUGCUCCAUCUGGAUCUAGCAGGCAAGGAGGAAAUUGGAUACAAACUGUUCCGAUCUCCCACAACACAAAGGAGUCUGUUAUGGGUCCCCUCGAAUCUUUUCUGCGGUCAAUUAACUGUUACCCGGAGCAAGAUCAAAAUCGAGCAAAAGAUAUUACUUCGAAAGAAAAGGAAAAAAAUGCUUCCAAGGCAAAAUUUCCCCCUCUCCUGCCAACUUCGCCUCCACCAAUGAGUGAUAACUUGGAGGUUUCUUUGCAACCCCCAUCUGCUUCAGGUUUCAGCUGGACUCCGUCUUUAUUAGGUCAAAGACGAGCUGGUAAGUCUCCUCGAGUGCCAACAAGUGAUCAUGCAUUACCAGAGAAGGACGAAAGUAAUUCUGAAGAUCAUCCUCAUUCUGCUUAAUAUGUAUAAGUAUAUAGGUGUUUAUAUUUAAAUGAAAGAUAAACAGCUCACAAAAAUACCUAACAAUACCUCAUAAUUCAUUAGAAUUUUUAAGCCAUAUUUUUUAACAACAUUAAAUGAAAAUAUCUAAAUUAUUGCAGAUUAUAGAAGCUGUUACGUAUAUCAUUGUAAAGUCCAAGUUAUUAGCAUUUUGAAAAGUGCAAAUAAUUGUUUUUGAAUUGAAAUUCUGUAAUGGAAAAUUCUGAUUAAAAUAUGUAUAGUGAUUGCUUAUUUAAAAAAUGAACAAUAUUACCGUUUUAAUUGAAGGAAUCUAGUCAAAUUAAAGUGAAUUCAAUGAAUACAAGAAUAAGCAAUAACUGUGAGGAAAUAGAAAACUAAUUACUAGAAAUUGAGAUUGGCUAAAAUUUAAAUAUAAUAAAAGUAUACAAUAUGUGUCACAUCAAACUUUCAUUAUAAUUUUCAGAUGAGAUUAUCAAAAAAUGUUGCAUAAGUUAGGUUUUUGAAUGAAAUGUAUAUUGCUUUUCAUAUUUGGAUUUUACAACUAUACAAAUUAUUUUUAAAGAGAGCGCUCAAUAUUUCAUUGAAGAUGUGAUAUAGGGUUUUUAAGGAAAAUACCUAGCGAAAAAAUUUCCCGCGAAUUUCGACCCAAAAUCAUUCGUAUGUAUCUGAAAGUGAAAGUUUAUCCCCUUAGAUAUGAAUAGAGGCCUGGUUUAGUGUUGAGAAUUAUUCUACUUCAUAUCUUGAAGACACCAACUUGAGGAAGCUAUUGUAUAGCAAUACAUGCUUCAUGGUUUUUGUAAAACUCAUAGUGACGAGAAUCAUUCUUGCCUGGAGAAAUUAUUGUAUAGUGAAACACGUGUCGCGGUAAAACCCUUUUAGUGAAAAUCUUACAGUAAAUUGUAUCAGUUUCAAAGGACAAUAUUGAGUUAAACUAAACAGACAUACAUAUAGAUGUUUCAGAAUACAUCAAUAUAUGCAGAAAUGUAAAUAUACAAAGUUACAAAAUUAAUAUUAAUUGUUAUUUCAUGGGGUUUUUAAUAACUUGUCUAUUGACAGACACUGUUACACAGUAUUUCAGGAGAAUUAGUCCGCACUUAUAGGCUGACAACAAGGAAUUAUUUUUUUUUCCUGAAUCUUUUCAUUCUGUAUUCGCUUUAAUCAAUG